AUGACCAAAUUCAGGCCGUGUAUAGACUUGCACGCUGGCCAGGUCAAGCAGAUCGUCGGCGGCACGCUUGACAGCACGUCAGCGGCCCUUCAGACCAACUACGUCUCUCAGCAUCCGGCGGCGUAUUACGCCCAACUUUACAAAGACAAUGCGCUCGAGGGCUCCCACGUCAUCAUGCUAGGCCCGGGCAACGAAGAGUCGGCCAGGCAGGCUGUUCAGGCGUGGCCGGGGCAUCUUCAGGUCGGCGGCGGUAUCAACGACAAAAAUGCAAAGGAGUGGAUGGAAGCCGGCGCUUCCAAGGUGAGCUGCCAGGCGAGGUUGGACGCGGUGCUCGAGCAGCUGGGUGGUAACAAGAACAAGCUCGUCAUUGAUCUUAGCUGCCGUCGUCGCGGAGAGGACAGCUGGUUUGUUGCCAUGAACAAGUGGCAGACGAUCACAGACAUGGAGGUCAACCAAGGUUUGCCGCCCUCAUCCAUCAAGGCACUGGAGCCAUACUGCUCCGAGUUCCUCAUCCACGCCGCGGACAACGAGGGCCUUCAAAGAGGGAUAGACGAGAAAUUGGUGGAGCGUUUGGCGCGGUGGUGCUCCAUCCCCGUCACGUACGCCGGCGGAGGCAGAAACCUCGAGGACCUGGAACUAGUGAAGAAGCUCAGCGGAGGAAAGGUCGACUUAACGAUUGGGAGCGCCCUCGACUGCUUCGGGGGGUCUGGUGUAAAGUUUGAUGACUGUGUAGAUUGGAACAGACGGCAGAGUUGA